CACAUCGCUUCUGAGCGCUGCCUUGAGGGAUGUCUAUAAAACAGCUUGUGUCUGCCACAGAUGCCGUAUCCAUAACACUUGAUCCCGCGACGAGUAGAGACGAUGUCGCUUUCAACGCUCCCUAAACUGAAAGUCCUCAUCUCAGGCGCCGGCAUUGCAGGUCCUUGCCUUGCAUACUGGUUGGCCAGAACACGUCUGAACACUUCCAUCACUGUUCUCGAACGCUCCCCCGUUCCUCGACCAACCGGCCAGGCGAUUGAAAUUCGCGGCCCUGCGAUCGAAGUCAUCAAGAGAAUGAAAUUAGAGGAAGCCGUUCGUUCGCGUACUACGACGGAGGAAGGCACGCGAUUUUUGAGCUCCUCCGGGAAAACCAUUGCAGAGUUUGGGCUGGGAGAUGCGUUCACAGCAGAAUAUGAGAUUUUGCGAGCCGACUUAUGCGGACUCUUUCUGGAGGCGACCGAGAGCUUGAAAAAUGUCGAGUACAUUUACGGUGACCACGUGACGUCACUGCAGCAGACGGAAAGGAGUGUAGUGGUGAGCUUCGCCGGGGGAGCAAAACAAGACUUUGAUCUGGUUGUCGGUGCGGACGGAGCUACCUCAAAGAUUCGUUCCUUGAUACUGGACGAGGAAGCGCGCAAAGACAGCUACAAGCUCAUCGGCCAGUACGUCGCGUACUUUAGCAUUCCUCGACAGCCCUCAGAUACCAAGCACUGGUACUGGUACAACGCACCAAAAGGUCUGGGGCUCAUGACACGCCCGCACCGGAACCCUUCGACCAUUGGCGCAUAUGCAUUGUGUACUUUGCCAGCGCACGGACAACGCGACCCUGCCUUCGAAGAGGCCAUGGAUCAAGGGACAGAUGCUCAGAAACGCAUCUGGCAUAAAUACUUAGACAACCUUGGAUGGGAAGCUAAGCGGAUACUCAAUGGAAUGGACCAAGCGGACGACUUCUACAUGAGCCGAGCAGCACAGGUGAAGCUUCCCAAAUGGACAAACGGACGGGCUGUAUUAUUGGGCGAUGCAGCUUUUGCAACGUUCGGCAUUGGAACCACACUUGCCAUCCAUUCGGCAUAUGUCCUCGCAGGCGAGCUCUCCAAGAUCCAGAGCACCAGCGACAUUCCCAAAGCACUGGGUAGGUAUGAAGAGGUCUUCCGCUCGAUACAUGCAAAGUUCCAGGACCUUCCACCUGGUUUUCCGCAAUUCGCCUUUCCGCAAACUGCUUGGGGUCUUGGGCUGAGAGACUCGGCGCUAUGGCUAGCAAGUAAAACGAAGGCGUACAAGCUAUUGCCGACCGAGUCUGAAGAGAACUCGAAACUAACGGAGUAUGACUGGGUAAGCGUUUGAGAAGAGAUUAUACCAUAUUCGGCGAGGGAAGUGAGCUCCUUCGAUUCUCCUACUAUUAACAACGCUUACUCUUCCGAUUCAUCUCAUUCCUUCCAUGAUCUUAAGCCACCUAGUCGAGGCACACAGUUAGAAAUAUCAUCGAUGUGUGCAUGCAUCUCACCGUAUCGGUGUUCGGGUCUUCGUAUUCUACUCUUUGCCAAUGCACUCGUAAUAUAAGAGAGGCUCACGUUCACCGUGACCAGAAACCCAGAUAGACGACAAGGGAAAGGGUCCCGUUACAACUACCAUGGCUUUCAAUUCUGAUGAGAUAAGCACAAUCUUCUAUGGAGAGAGUUGGGUUGACUGUCCCAAUCAAACUCGGUCUGCGGCCGGUUACCAGUUGGCGAAUGACCCGCUGAAUGUCCUGGGACGACUUGCACGGAGAGCAUUGUUACACUAUCACGCCC